AAUCGAAUUUAGCGAAGUUCAAUUUCAAUCUGACAUGGCGUCCUAAGUGGUAAGUUUAAUUUUUUAAAUUAAUCCGUCUAUUACAUCAAAAUCGUAUCGGUUUUAAAACAGAAGAAAAUAAUUCAAGACCAUAUGCAUUGAUGGUAAUGCAUGCAAGGAAACUACCCCGAAUUAACGAUGGAUACUAUGAAAGACAUCAGCAAGGCCAUUCAUCGUAUCAGAACUCCAAGUACAGUUCAUCGAAAAGCAGUUACCCGGAUCGCUACAAUCAAGAACGGCAGGACCGUUCGCGUAAUUCACCGGAUGGCAAUACGUCAAGAUCGAAUACACCGGAUCGCGACCAAAGUCCCAGAAAUCGUUCGUAUGGUAAUAAGACGUGGUAUUUACAGAAAUUACAUGAGAAAGAAAGAGAUCGACCGUAUCGCAGUGAUCAAGGACGAGAUCGACCCAAUAAUUUUAAGGACAAAUAUUAUUCCUCUGACUACUCUCGAUCUCCUAAGGAUAGAAGACCUGUAAACAAAGAAUCUGGUUAUCCUACGAAUCAUGACAGGAAUAACAGCGAUAAAACUAGUAGCAUUAGUAAAAGUUCAAAUUCAGCGUACGGUUCUUCCAAAGAUUCUCAGCGAAAACCGACACAUAGUAAUGUUCGAGAUAAACGGGACGAACGAGAAAGAUUUUUAAAAGUCGGCGAUUGGUCGGAACACACAAGCUCUAGUGGUAAAAAAUAUUAUUAUAAUUGCAAAACGGAAGUAUCACAAUGGGAGAAACCCCGCGAAUGGCUAGAGAAGGAAGGCGUUAUGCAUCUGGUCCGUUCGCAGGGAUCGUCUUCUUCGUCGUCGUCCUCGAGAUUAGUACAAGACAAACAUUCCAGUGUACGUUCAAAUUCCGUCAUGAACAAUUACCGCAGUAGCGGCGGCAACGAUCAUGCUAAAUAUUCGCAACACGGUAGAGAUCGCGAAAACAGUAAUUCCAAUUGGAACAAUAGAGAUGGAGCUUCGUAUAAUAAGGAUGAUCACUAUUCCGAUCAUAGGCUGCACGAGAAUUCUUCUAAUAUACCUGUUUUGGGAAACGAAUCGCAAGCUCAAGAUAUGGAAAUUUCCAGCGAAAAUAGUACGCCAACCAGUGAACAUUAUACGCCGGCUGCAGUUGCGCAACAGCAGCAAGACGUUACGCAUUUAUCGUUAAAUUCAUCUAGCGGACCUGGUCCGCCGAUUGGCUCGAUUGGCAGUUCGAAAUUAUCGCAUCCCUCUCGGACCGAGGUGAAAGCCGAAGCGAGUUCUUCGUUUAGCUCAUCCUUGACUCCAAAUUCAACACCAAUUCCUUCAAGUAAUAGUAAAUCGUUAUCGGAGAAUACUCUGGCUGCCAAUCAACCUAAAACUGAUCCAAAUGGUGCUUGUGAUAUUGGUGGACCUCCUACACCGACGCAUUCCGAAAAUCAAGACGAACCCGAACAAAAACCCGGUGGUGGUUCUCCUGAAACCGCUGGUGUUAGCGCGUUACAAGGCAUAUCACUUCAAGGAUUUUACCCUAUGCAGUUGCCUCAAUUGACUCAAGGGCUUAGUCAAUACGUGAAGGAUGAUCUCACCGAGCACGUGCGUGGUUGGCCGGCUGAGAAUGCUGAAAGACAAGCUCAUAAACUCGCUACAGAAGCUCAUCUAAUAACUAGUAUGCGAAUUACUGAUAUUUCAAUUGCCUUGAAGUCUGCGAGAUCGAGAGUGCGGCUGAACGAAAUACAAUCUACGCUUCUUGAACAAAGGGUAAUGCUUUACCGUCACGAAGUAAAGUCGUUAGAGAACAUGAAAACACCAACGUUAUUCACGUCAGACGAUAAUUGAAUUCGCGUAGUGAAGAAGCUUUCUGCAAUCGGUAUCGGAGCAUAAACCUAAGGCAAUAAUAUACGAAGAUGUUAUAAUUGUAUAUUAUAUUGCGGUAGAUUUAGCGCUAUAAUGCAGCCAUUACGGCAGGACAGUUGACCGUCGUUGCCAGUGUGAAGUUGAAACGUCGACGAGUUGGCCAUCUUAUUUGAGAACUUGAAAAAACGAUCCCCAUACACGAUUUGUUUUCUCACGAACGUCCGCGUACAUCUAUCUCCUCUGUAAAUAUCUUGUUAUCGGUGAUUUUUUUUUUUCAAUCGUGGAUCACGUUUGAUAUUAAUUUUUCUAUCUAAAAUGUGCAAUUUUGUCGUCUUCCGAGUUUAUGAUUGACGCGAGUUAUCGGUGUUUUCGCGCAAACAACACGAUUUCUAGUUUCUAGCCUGACAGUUUUUAAUUUUGUGAUUUUGUAUAGGGUAAUGACCUUUCUUCUUUACUUUUCUGUUCGGUAUGUUUUGCGAGAGGCUAUUGAUAUAUUCGUAUAACUUGGAACUCUGGACUUUUUUUCUUUUUUUAGGCGUUUGAUUUGAUUUCCUUUUGUUUUUUUUUUGUUUUCUUCUUAUUUUGGACCAUUUUUCUUUUUGAACCUUCGUGUAUUUAUUUACUUAUACCAUGUUUAAAAAGUUAUUUUUUUGUUCGAAUUUUGUCUACACGACUCAUUUAGGAGGUGCUCCUUGCCAUCGCACGCUAUGUUUUGCUCCAGUUUUUGAGACUCGGUUUCGGUUAAAGAAGAUUUUAUUUUUUUCUGAAUUUAAAUCGAUAAUCGAUCGAAUUAUCGCUAGAUAAUUUAUUCGAGCUUUCAAAACAUGUGAUUGAUUGUUAUAAUUUAUGUUUUUUUUACAUCAAUUCCGCCAUGGUGGGUUUUUCGAUUAUCGAUUCUGAAAUGGUGAAUGAUUUUUGCUUUGAUCGAACAAAUUAUCGCAUGUUUAUCUGUUUAGUUUCUUCUCCCAUCAACUGCACUGCUUUUCGAUCGGAUUGUUGUGGAUUUCGGAAUACGAGUUUUGUUUCGCUGAUGUCUCAUUGUAUCGUGAUUGCUUUAUGGACUUCGGUGUCUUUAGUAUGACAAUCGAUCACCGAGAACAGUUCUUCUGGAAUAUAUUCAAACUCACGGGAAGAGUUUCCCCUUUCGAGUAAAAUGUUUCUAUUUAAUAAUAUCGUUUACUAGAUUCUAAAUGUGAAACGUUUCCAAUAGUCCUCCCAUUCCGUCUUGUCAUGUUCGUGUAAUUGUACAGUACAUUUUCAAAAUUUGGUGCUGAAGUAUGGUGAGCGAUCUAUAUUGUUGAAAACGCCGUACCUACGAAUCGAGCGAAUACGAUUUUUCUUGUUCUCGUCCCGUAUCAUUGAUAAAGAAGUAUGCACACAAAAUGGAAAUUUGUUUUCGUAACGAAUCAAUUUCUAGUCAAAACAUUUAUAUUUUGGGUACUUGGUGAGAAAAUCGUUUGAAAAUAUUGCGGCGAAUGUGGUCAUAGGAAGCGACAAAUCUCCAUUUAAUUUCAACCGAUGAAAAAGUGACCAUGUGUAGAGAGAUCUAUGUAUUAGAAGAGUAUCGUGUGUUUAUAAUUCGAUUUCAAACGAAUGUAUUUAAUUAAUCUGUGUUAUUUAUUUGUUUGUGUACAAACACAGUUCCUGUAAAGCGUAUGUAAUGAACGAAAUUAUUUUUCAAUCGUUUACACAUGUAAAAUAAGUAAAAGUUUUCGCGGUUAUUUUUACGAAUUCGUACUUUUUUUUCUCUUUACGAAUUAAUCGAUUUACGUAUAAAUAUUUUUUUUAUAUAGAAUAUGUAUUAUACUGAAUAUUAUUCAAAUACUUGUUUUUUUUUUAUCAUAAAUAUUAUUAUCAAAUGAAAAGAAAAAUAGUAGUAACGUUGUAAGAAAGAUUGUAAUAUAAAAGCUGUACAUUAUUCUUCGUUAUUAAAUUAUUUAAAUCGAAUUUUUCUACGUUGCAGCUUUUUUGUUCUCGUGAAUUUAAUUAUUCGUCAUUACCAUUUUGUUCUUCUUAAUUUUUUUUUUUUUUUUUUACUUUCCCUACUUUGGCUUCUCUAAACUUGCAAUAGACCUUGUAGCUUUUUUGUAUUACUCGUAUUCAACUGAAUUAACUUUCUGUACUAUUCAGACUACUAGAAAUAUAAUAUUGUUCUUCGUACGAAAUAAAUGCGUUCAAAUUUGUGGUCAAA